GUUCAGUCCCCGUUACCCCGGGCAACAGCGGAGCGGUCUGGGAAGGAACGAACCCGAGCAAAAGCACUGUAUCCAGCAGUUAUAGAUGGCAGAAGUGAAGUCGAUGUUCCAUGAAGUCCUUCCAAAACAAGGGCAGUUGUCUGUGGAAGAUGUAACCACAAUGGUGCUGUGUAAACCCAAACUUUUACCCUUAAAAUCUCUGACUCUGGAAAAACUGGAGAAAAUGCAGCAAGCAGCACAGGAUACAAUCCGCCAACAAGAAAUGGCCGAAAAAGAAGACCGGCAAAGAGCCCAGUGACGAGUACCACUUUAAGGGGAUGGACGCCCCAUCUUACCUGUUCAGGAACUAGAAACUAUUCUAUAAAUAUAGGCUGAAAAUAUAUAAUCAAACUGGACAUUUAUAAUUUUAAAAAAAAAAUUGGGGAACUUAAACAUUGGUUUAUAUUAAAAAGAAAGCUUUUAUCAAGUUGGGGGAUUUUGGAAAAGUUUUUAAA